UGAUGUAAAUAUUAUGCAACACAUCUAUGUGUGAAGCGCCAUUAAAAUAAUCCCAACCCGCAGCUUAAGUAACAAAGGCGGCAGCUAAAAGCUGUGAAGAUGGCACAGAACCGAACCACCGGAACCAGUAUCAGAAUGAAAGUAAGUUCCAUUAACAGGAAACAGCCCUGCUGAGAGAACACGCUAGCUAGCCAACCUCCGCCUCUUGCUGCUGGGUUCCCGGAGGAAAGACAGCUUAAUAAAGGUUCUCUUAGGUUUCCGUGUUCGUCCCUCAGGACAGCGAUGGCGUCAGUUGGGGCCCCACCACCCAAGGCCACUGACUGUGUGACCAAGGUGGUGCUGAGCAUUUCCUGUGAUAAUCUGCUGGACAUGGACGCCUUUUCAAAGUCUGACCCUAUGUGCGUGCUGCGAAUGAACUCCUCGGGUCCUCACUGGUAUGAGAUUGGCCGAACAGAGAAAAUCCAGAACAGCCUAAAUCCCAAGUUUUCUAAGAGCAUCGUCCUCGACUAUUACUUUGAGAUGGUGCAGAAACUCAGGUUUGAACUGUAUGAUAUUGACAGUGAAAACUGCAGUCCAGAAGAAGCAGACUUCCUAGGAGAACUGGAGUGUACCUUGGGACAGAUUGUGUCCUCGAGAAAACUAACAAAACCACUUGUAAGGAGAGACAAGACGCCAGCAGGGAAAGGAACAAUAACUAUUUGUGCAGAAGAAAGAACUGACAACAGGGUGGUGGCGUUUGAAGUUGCGGCCAGGAAACUAGACAAAAAGGACUUUUUCGGCAAGUCCGACCCUUUCCUGGAAUUUUUCAAGCAGACAGAAACUGGAUGGCAGCUGGCUCACAGGACAGAGGUGGUGAAAAACAACCUAAACCCUAUAUGGAAGCCUUUCAGAAUCCCGAUGCAGUCUCUCUGUGGAGGUGACGUGGAAAAAUCUAUAAAGAUUGACUGCUACGACUACAACAACAGCGGCUCGCAUGAUUUUAUUGGGUCCUUUCUCACAACACUCAGUCAGAUACAGCAGGCAUCUCAGUCAUAUGCAGCUGAGUAUGAAUGCAUUAACAGUAAGAAGAAGCAGAAGAAGAAAGGAUACAAAAACUCUGGAGUUAUCAUCAUAAAACAAUGCAAGAUAGUGAAGGAGUACACAUUUCUGGAUUACAUAAUGGGCGGCUGUCAGAUUAACUUCACAAUUGCCAUUGAUUUCACGGGAUCCAAUGGGGAUCCCAGGUCACCCAUGUCCCUACACUACAUCAACCCUCAGGGCUGCAAUGAGUAUCUGGCAGCGAUCUGGGCAGUUGGUAAUGUCAUCCAGGACUAUGACAGUGACAAAAUGUUCCCUGCCUUUGGUUUCGGCGCUCAGGUCCCUCCAACAUGGCAGGUCAGCCAUGAGUUCCCCCUCAACUUCAACCCAUCAGAUCCAUUCUGCGCAGGCAUAGAGGGCGUGGCCUUUGCCUAUCAGCAGUGUCUGCUUCAGGUGAAGCUUUACGGUCCAACAAACUUUUCUCCGAUCAUCAAUCACGUGGCCCAUUUUGGCAGAGAGGCCUUACAGCAGCAAACCGCCUCUCAAUACUUUGUCCUGCUGAUCAUCACUGACGGAGUCAUCACUGACAUGGACGAGACGCGCACCGCCAUCGUCAACGCCUCCCGGCUGCCCAUGUCCAUUAUCAUCAUCGGGGUGGGAGGGGCGGACUUCAGCGCCAUGGAGUUCCUGGACGGAGACGACGGCAUUCUUCGCUCGGCCACAGGCGAGUCGGCCAUGAGAGACAUCGUGCAGUUCGUGCCGUUCAGGCAGUUCCAGAAUGGUCCUCAGGAAGCUCUUGCUCAGAGCGUCUUGGCAGAGGUCCCGGGUCAGGUGACGGGCUUCUUCAAUACCAUGGGUUUGAGGCCACCUCACAGCAACCCUCCUCCCUCUGACCUCCAGGCAUCAGCACCCCCUUAGUGGUGCAUGCUGAGAACCAACCUUCCUCCUAGAAAUGCAAAGUCUCUUUAACUCUGAAACCCCUUUGUAAGGUGUUCCAGUCUUUUUAACCAAGCUUAGCACGUUCUAUGCAGAGGGACGGACAUGUUAUGAUGUGCUAACGUUAUACAGGUGUUUUAUAUAACGCUCACAUUUACCAGGUUUAGUUUUAUUAAACGAGACAUAUUAUGCAUUACACACAUUAUUUACUGAGAUCUGAAUGAAUACCGUAAUAAACGGUCUUGCAGUACUCAUGCACUGUUCUUUAACUAGUGUGCACAGCCCUUUUCUAUGUUGCCUGUGUCAGAGAGUCCAGACACAUCACUUCAUAGCUUUCUUCCAUAGUGUGUCUCCAUCAUAUUUGUACAGCUUGUACUAUCAAACCUAAAUCAAAUGACCUCAUCAGAAACCUUUAAAGAUGGUUUUUCUGUAUGUGGAAGCCAACAGUCUGAGAGCUCAUACCGGCACACUCAGCAAGCUGAAGGUGUUACUACUACAGGGAAACCAACACAAAAAUACUUAGACUAUAUUUUCUAAUAAGAUGGGUUGAAUUAUUCUAGCUUAACUUAAAAAAACAACAACUAACGAAUGGGGGAAAAAAUGGCUCGAUAAUACCGCGGUUAAUAACUACGUUCUUGCAUUGCGUUAACUGUUGCUUGAAUAAGUGAGGUUUCUUUACAUUUUCAGAUCAAUUUAACUUUCCAGAUAAAAGAGCAAAAUAAACAAACCACUGCAAGACUCUGAAAAAACAAUCAGAGUUUAUGUAAAACAUGUUUAAACAGUAAAACAGUGUCACACUGCUUAUAGUUAAUUCAUUGACAAACAGAUGAAUACCAUUUCCAACUUCUAUCUGGCAGUGUUAGAAAAAAGAUUUUACGCCUUGUUUAAUAUAUUAUGCAGUUUUUUUCCUCAUACAGGUCUUCAAACAAACCUUUUCAAAUAUAACUGUUGACCGGAGUUUGUUACUCUUAAGUUCACAUAAAUGAGUGAGACUACUGAUUUAAAAAAAGAAAAACAACAUCAGAUCUCGCCUGACUUGUGAAAAGAUAUAGAUGGAUAAUUAUGCUCUGAGUCAGGAGUGAGAUGUGUCGGCCUUUGUAUCUGAGAGAACCAUCGUUAAAUGUUUGUACAAAAAACGGCUCCCCACACUCGGCCGAACCUGGCAGCCAAAAUUCUGGGUCUCAUUAGCAGCAGUGUUUUUUUUUAUCUGGCUCAUAUGGCUCUCCGGAUGGACGGACGGAUGGAUGGAUCUAUCAAUAACGGCAAUCAGUCAGUAUAACAUUAAAAUUAGUAUAAACACAAUAUAAUUUAUCAGUUAUUGAUCAAACACUCUUUUAAGUAUCUGUAUUCAUUUUUGAUAUGAUUUUUAUGUUUCUCCCCAUCUCUCCUCAUCUAUUUUCUAGCUUUAUUUAUCUAUCCGUCUUCACCUAUAUACAUCUGUUAGUACUGGGUAACUAUUCAAAUUCUUGAUCAGGAUUAAUUGUGCUGUUAUGUGCAAAAUUUAGCAAUGAAUUAAAACAUUGUGUUUUAUAGAUUUACGUUAAAAGAAAGUCUAUAUGAACAAAAAAAGUAAUAUUUGGUUUGCAAACAAUUCAAACAAAUAAGAUGGUAAUUAAUUGCAAUAUUCUAAAGUAAAUACAAAUUUAUUAUGAUUUAAUAGUUAAUCAGAUGUUUGAAUAAGGAAUCCCAGCAAAACAAUAAAGGACAAAGUCUGAACAAUGAGACUUAUUUGAGUCCAAACAAGACGUGUUUUAUUUGAAAUGCACUCAUCAAGCCUCAGGUAAAUUAGUUUUGGCCGACAGGGGUAUAAACCACCACAGCUGAUUUUUCUUUCCUCUUCCCUCCGCACUUUCCAGAAAAUAAGGAGGGUCUGUUGGAGAGGGCUUCCUCCUCCAACAAACCUGACGGCUUUCCGUGUUCUCCCAGCCUAUGCCUCCCAUCAAGGCCUAGGGUCAGGUUAGGUUAGAUCCGUUUCUUCGCCAUAAGUAGGAAACAAUUUAGUUCCUCUCCCGCCACGGUAAUUUGGUAAUGCCUAAACACAUCCAGACGUUUGAUAAUUUACUUAAUAAAUUAUGUGUUUUCCCAUUAGUAAAAUGUACUACAUGUUGUGAUUUUCUUGAGGGGUUGGACGGGGCUGUAAGGAGCCUUGGAUAAUGGAAAGGAAACGCUGUCCUAGUAUUAGAAUAUUAUUACCAAAUAUAUUUACUCUGACAGCUACACCUUCAGCUGACUCAAGUGCCAGUUUUAUUAAAUGUUUAAUAAAAUGUCUUUAAAUUGAUUUCAUGUUUUUUAAGAACUGAGGCAGCUGAUAACAGCCAUCUCCUUAAUCUACCAUUUCUGAAGUCAGAUGUCCAUUUCAACUCACUAAAGCGUUUUAUCCACAUCUUAAUGUUUUGUGUUUUUUAUAUUUUCUCCAGGAUUUAAAGCUGAAAUCACAGCUUGGUCAAAGCGAAAGCUUGUCGAAUGUUAACUUAAUGUUUACAGAAUGCAGAGGUGACUGUUAAUGAUGAUUUGUACCAAAUUAAAUUCAUGUUUAAUUGAACUGA